UACAUAAGGACCACUACGAGAACCUCUACUGUGUGGUCUCAGGGGAGAAACGCUUCCUGCUACACCCACCCAGCGACCGGCCCUUCAUCCCCUAUGAGCUGUACACACCAGCGACCUACCAGCUAACUGAAGAGGACUCCUUUGAGAUAGUGGAUGAAGAAGCCAUGGAGAAGGUACCCUGGAUCCCACUGGACCCGCUGGCUCCGAAUCUGGCCCGGUACCCCAGUUACAGUCAGGCCCGGGCCCUUUGCUGCACAGUGCAGGCCGGUGAGAUGCUCUACCUGCCGGCCCUGUGGUUCCACCAUGUGCAGCAGUCCCACGGCUGCAUUGCGGGCAAAGAUUCCUGGGACCUGCUUGCUCACCGUUCGUGUCCUGCAGGCCCAUGGCCUGCCCUCGAAGGAUCUAGUGACCCCCUCUGACUGCUAUGUGAGUCUGUGGCUGCCCACAGCCUCUAGCCACAGGCUCCAGACACGCACGGUCAAGAACAGCAGAAACCCCAUCUGGAAUCAGAGCUUUCGCUUUCGAAUCCACAGCCAGCUCAAGAAUGUCUUGCAGCUGCAAGUCUUUGACCAGGACCUUCUGACCAGUGAUGACCCCAUGUUGUCAGUGCUGUUUGACUUGGGGACUUUGCAGGCUGGGGACUUUCGCCGAGAGAGCUUCUCACUGAACCCUCAGGGUGAGGAGCGGCUAGAAGUUGAAUUUCGGCUGCAGAGACUGACAGACUGUGCUGAGCAGCUCGUCAGUAAUGGCAUCCUGGUGGCCCGGGAGCUCUCCUGCUUGCAUGUUCGACUGGAGGAGACAGGGGAUCAGAAACAGUCUGAGGGCAGAGUUCAGCUUGUGGUUCCUGGGUCCUGUGAGGGUCAACAGGAGGCCUCCGUAGGUGCUGGCCCCGUCUGCUUCCAUUGCCCGGCCUGCUGGGAGCAGGAGCUGGGUAUCCUUCUGCAGGGUGCCCCUCGAGAGCAACUGAAGGUGCCCCUAAGCGCCUUGCCCUCCGGCCAAGUAGUGAGGCUUGUCUUCCCUACAUCCCAGGAGCCCCUGAUGAGGGUGGAGCUGAGAAAAGAAGGACCGAGGGAGCUGACGGUGCGGCUGGGCUGUGGCCUCUGUGCGGAGGAGCAGGCCUUCCUGAGCAGGAGGAAGCAGCUGGUGGCCAGAGCCCUAAAGCAGGCCCUGCAGCUAGAUGAUGACCUGCAGGAAGACGAGGUCCCUGUGGUCGCUGUCAUGGCCACCGGCGGUGGGAUCCGGGCAAUGUUGUCCCUCUACGGGCAGCUGGCUGGACUGAGGGAACUGGGGCUCUUGGAUUGUGUCUGCUACAUCACAGGGGCCUCGGGCUCCACCUGGGCUUUGACCAACCUCUAUGAGGACCCAGAAUGGUCUCAGAAGGACCUGGCGGGACCCACCGAGUCCCUGAAGACACAGGUGACCAAGAGCAAGUUGGGUGUGCUUGCCCCCAGCCAGCUGCAGCGGUACCAGCAGGAACUGGCUGAGCGGGCCCGCCUGGGCCACCCGCCCUGCUUCACCAACCUGUGGGCCCUCAUCAGUGAGGGCCUGCUGCACGAGGAGCCCUGUGACCGCACACUCUCAGACCAGCGGGAGGCCCUGAGUCGAGGCCAGAACCCUCUGCCCAUCUACUGUGCCCUUAACACCAAGGAGAAGGGCCUGACCACCUUUGAAUUUGGAGAGUGGUGCGAGUUCUCCCCAUAUGAGGUUGGCUUUCCCAAGUAUGGUGCCUUCAUCCCUUCUGAGCUCUUCGGCUCUGAGUUCUUCAUGGGGCGCCUGACCAAGCGGCUUCCUGAGUCCCGAAUCUGCUUUCUCGAAGGUAUCUGGAGCAAUCUGUAUGCAGCCAACCUCCAGGACAGCUUAUACUGGGCCUCAGAGCCUAGCCAGUUCUGGGACCGCUGGGCACAGGAUCAGGCCAGCCGGGACAAGGAGCAGGUCCCUCUUCUGAAGAUAGAAGAGCCUCCCACGGGGACCGGAAGGAUUGCAGAGUUUUUCACUGACCUUCUGACACGGCGCCCACUGGCCCAGGCCACCCAUAAUUUCCUGCGUGGCCUCCAUUUCCAUAAGGACUAUUUCCAUGAUCCUUACUUUUCCACCUGGAAAGCCACCAAACUGGAUGGGUUCCCCAACCAGCUGACACCUGCUGAACCUCACCUUUGUCUGCUGGAUGUUGGCUACCUUAUCAACACCAGCUUCCCACCCCUUCUGCGGCCCACACGGGAUGUGGACCUCGUCCUGUCGCUGGAUUACAACCUCGAAGGAGCCUUUCAGCAGCUGCAGCUUCUGGGCCGGCUGUGUGGGGAGCAGGGCAUCCCAUUCCCGCCCAUCUCGCCCAGCUCUGAGGAACAGCACCAGCCUUGCGAGUGCCACUUGUUCCUAGACCCAGACUGCCCCGACGCCCCGGCAGUGCUGCACUUCCCUCUGGUGGACGACUCCUUCCGGGAGUAUUCGGCCCCAGGCAUCCCACGGACCCCAGCAGAGAAGGCGGCUGGGGAGGUGAACCUGUCUCCCUCCGACUCUCCCUACCACUACUCGAAGCUGACCUACAGCCUGGAGGACGCAGACAAGCUGCUCCGCCUGACCCACUACAACAUCUGCAACAACCGGGAGCAGCUGCUGGAGGCCCUGCGGGGCGCCAUGCUGCGGAGGCGACAGCGCCGGCACCACCAACCCCAGUGAGGGUGCGGGGUG